AUGGCUUCAAGUUUCAUUAUAUUCACAAUGACUGCUGGUUUUGGAUUGUUAGAAUCUGGAAGAGUUUCAUCGAAGGACGAAGUGAAUUGUAUGGUGAAAAACGUGUUUGACGUGAUUUUUGGAGGUCUCGCAUAUUGGAUGUUUGGUUACGGGUUGACAUUCGGAGAUUCAAAACAUCAAUUGGGUCGAUUCUUUGGAUUCGGAGACUUUUUCUUCGAUCCAGAAAGAGUUUCCGAUGAUGACUCCACUGAUGAGAAAGGAAUCUCUUAUUCACUUUUUAUUUUUCAAAUGAGUUUUGCCACGACAACGUCUACUAUCGUUUCUGCUGGAAUGUCAGAAAGAAUACAUUUGAAAUCUCACUGUUUUAUAUCAUUUGCAAUCACAUUGGUUCAUUCAAUUGCUGGUCGCUGGGUCUGGGAUCAAGAAGGAAUAUUCCGAACGAUGCCAAACGAUGAUGAGCUUGUUUUAAUGCUGAACGAAUUGAAAAUCAACAAACACCUUAAUAUAUCAAUUAAAUCAACAUCUCAUCCAAUCAAACCUCUCAAUGUAAAAUUGAAGGUGGAUUGUUUCUGGAUGAGGGGAGGCUACUCAAGUCCGUGGAUAUCAUUGGAUCACAUAGCAAACUUCGAUUGCAUUCAUAUCGAUCUGACAACUUAUUCGUUCACAUCAUUUGACAUGAAUCGAUAUUUGAAAGCAUGGAUAAACGGAUGUAACGCUAGAAUGGAAUAUCUUUGUUUGAAUGUUAUUAGAUAUUCGGGCCAUGAAACUCUAACAGAUGGAAUCUACGUCGAAGAUAACACUUUUUCGAUUGUGAGAAGUUAUACAAACCAACUGUUAGAUAACUCCUCUCCGAUCCUAAGUAAGAAACCAACACCACGUCAUCAACAUCGUCCAGUACACCAACACCUCUCUAUCAAGUCUACUCUUCAUUCUGUCGCUAAACAAUCCGGAUUACUAUCAAAGACACAACGAGUGUGCAUGCACUCGAUCGCAUAA